GAUAAUGUAAAGCGUCUGUUAGUAGAUCCUAUUUUCUUGUUUCUAUCCGAGUCUUCCGGCCACUUCGUAGCCCAUUAUUUUAGGAUCACAGGAGACUUCGUGGCCAUCUUUUCAGGAUCAGACUUGCAUGGUCCUUGGUUGUAAUCUAUAUAUAUUUGUACUCGACACAUCAAUAAAGCAAUACAGAGAGAACAGUUCUUCCUAUUCCUAUUCUCUGUUUCUUACAUGGUAUCAGCCUAACGAUCCUCUUCCCAGUCUUUCAUCCCAGUUCAUCAUGAGUGAUACACAAAGCUCCGUCCACAAUACCCCCACAGGCAAUCUUCCUCUGUCCCAGGCGAUUCACAGCGUCAACAUCAAGUCACUGGUGCCAUAUACCCUCGAUACUCAAAUUCACAACUACGGCAAGUGGAGCCAGUUGUUCACCAUUGUCCUCGAGCGUUUUGAUCUUCUCCACCAUGUCACCACCUCCAACGAUCUCUCGGAGGAUCCUGCCUGGGUUCGUGAGAACCUGACUGUCCUCUCCUGGAUUUUCGCCACCAUCUCCGAGGACCUCGUCGACAUGGUGAUUCGUCCACCCGGCCGCCAAGCGCAUGCCAUCUGGCGUCACCUCGAGAACAUCUUCUCUGGAAACAAGGCCAGCCGCGCUGUUCACCUUGAGGCUGCGUUUCAUUCCCUCACUCAAGGUGAUCUUUCGACGCACGAUUACUGUCAUCGUCUUCAGCAACUCGCCAACAACCUCGCCGACUGCGAUGCUCCUGUCGACGACCACACCCUUGUCCACCAGCUAGUCGCUGGCAUGAACACUAAGUACCACACCCUUCGUACCUUGCUGCCUGCUCUUCCUGUCUUCCCCAACUUCAUGCAGGCUCGCGACAUGCUUCUGCUUGAGGAACGCUCCCAGUCCGUGUCAAACUGCCAUGCGGCCGAUGCGGCACUCGUUGCUGCUGCUACCUCGUCGCGCUCGCCAGCUCCUCUCCCCGCCACCGACAACAACAACACAACUGCAACCCCCGCAGUUGACAACCGCCAAAGCAGCUAUGGCCGUGGUCGUGGUCGCGGUCGUGGUGGUCGCUUCAACGCUGCUAGACGCAGCGGCCGGUACCCUCCGGCGACCUUUCUUCCUCCAUGGCCUGCACACUGGGCUCCCACCUGGCGCGCCCCAUGGACAGGGACCUCUGGCCCUGGCGUCCUUGGUGCACGUCCUCCAGCGCAAGCCUAUCCGGUAUUCCAGCAGCCACAACCUGUGUCUGCGCCGCUGCAUGCUCCGUCUUGGGACACUUCGGGGCUUAUUCACGCGCUCCAGGCUGCUUCUGUUCAACAGCAAGCACAUCCCAGUGAUUGGUUUCUAGACACGGGAGCUAGCUCACACAUGACCAACCAUUCGGGAUCUAGCCACCAAGAACACAAUCAUGAGGUCCAAUAGUGACGGGGAUCUUUACCCAUUCUUUGGUACCAGCUCUCCUUCCUCGACGGCUCUGGUGGCUCACACUGCAUCCGCUGAUGUCUGGCAUCGCCGUCUUGGCCACCCCAAUAAUCAUUCCUUAGCUCGAUUUCCUUUUUCAUGUAAUAAAUCUUUAGCUGCUUCUACUCUGUGUGACGCCUGUCAGAAGGGGAAACAUGUUCGGCUCUCUUUCCCUCGUUCUACCUCCUUCACAUAUUUUCCCUUUCAAAUAAUACACUGUGAUUUGUGGACAUCCCCUAUUUCUAGUAUUUCUGGUUUUCACUAUUAUUUGAUUGUCCUCGAUGAUUAUACUCAUUACGUCUGGACAUUUCCCAUUCGUCACAAAACCGAGGUGCCAUCUGUUCUGCGCAAUUUUUAUAGCUAUGUACGUACCCAAUUUCAUCUUUCUAUCCAAUCUAUUCAAUGUGAUAAUGGCCGAGAAUUUGACAAUAACGAUCUGCGCACUUUUCUUUUAGCCAAUGGUGUCACCCUCCGGCUCUCAUGUCCAUAUACAUCUUCUCAAAAUGGUAAAGCCGAACGUGGCAUCCGCAUAAUAAAUAAUAUUCUUCGCACUUUGCUUGAACAAGCCUCCAUGCCUCGUUCAUAUUGGGUUGAAGCCCUCCAUACAGCCACAUAUCUUCUUAAUCGACGACCCUGCCAACCUCUUAAUUUUUGUACACCAUACCAGCUUCUCUUUGGCUGCUCCCCUGAUUAUCAACAUCUACGUACCUUUGGGUGUCUUUGUUAUCCUAAUCUAUCUUCUACAGCUUCACAUAAAUUAGCCCCAAGAUCAGCACGUUGUGUUUUUCUAGGAUACCUAUCUGAGCACAAAGGCUACAGAUGUUUAAACCUCGAUACUAUGAAAAUUAUAAUUUCUCGGCAUGUAAUAUUUGAUGAAUCCUUCUUUCCGUUCGCCUCACCACAGCCCACAAAAUCCUUGCCACAUUCCUCCAUCCCGGAUCCAGCGGCGUCCGGACUGGAAAUCAUCCCGGUACGGGCCUCUCCCGUCUUUUCUGCUCCUGCCGUUUCAGCAACUGUGCGCACGCCUCCCCAUCCUCCUCUGUCGGUCACGGGUGGUCAAACCUCCACCUCGCCUGCCGCACAGCUGUCAGCCUCGGCCCCUACACGUCUCUGCAGCUCGCCAACACAUGCACCUGCGACGCCCAUUUCCCAGCAGCAAACGCCUGGCUCUUCCCCACCUGUCCUUCGCUAUGCCCACCCAGAUAUUUCCCAACACCAUAUGACUACACGUGUGAAGGCUGGUGUCUUCCAACCAAAGAAAUUCAUGAAUCUUCACGUCACUACACAACCUGCUAUUUCACCUAUCCCUUAUUCUUACCGUACAGCCCUUACGGAUCCUCACUGGUACAAUGCCAUGUUAGAAGAAUUUCAGGCUUUGAUGACUAAUAAUACUUGGAGUUUAGUUCCCAAACCUGCAGGUGCCAACGUUGUCAGUGGUAAAUGGAUUUUUCGGCACAAGCUGCACAGUGAUGGGUCCUUGGCUCGCUACAAAGCACGCUGGGUUGUUCGUGGCUGUUCUCAACAGGAGGGUAUUGACUAUGGAGAAACUUUUAGUCCAGUCAUUAAACCAGGGACUAUUCGGAGUGUUCUCAGCAUUGCCACAUCUUUUUCUUGGCCAAUUCAUCAAUUAGAUGUCAAGAACGCUUUUCUCCAUGGUACGUUAUCUGAAACAGUUUAUUCUCAACAACCCUCUGACUUUGUUGAUCCUUCUUUACCUCAUCAUGUUUGCAAACUUCAUAAGUCUCUUUAUGGCCUUAAACAAGCUCCUCGCACAUGGUUCUUGCGAUUUACGACAUUUCUUUCCUCGAUUGGUUUUACACAAUCUAAAUGUGAUCCUUCCCUUUUUAUUCUUAAAACACCCUCUACCACUGCAUAUCUUCUUCUUUAUGUAGAUGAUAUUAUUCUUACAGCAAAUACAUCUCAUCUUUUAUCUCAUAUUAUUUCACAACUCUGUUCUGAAUUUUCUAUGUCCGAUCUUGGACCUUUACGUCACUUUCUUGGCAUUGAGGUGACACCAUCGGACACUGGUUUGGUUCUCUCACAAAAGCAAUAUGCAUUGGAUAUCUUGGCACGUGCAAACAUGACGCAUUGUAAUCCUUGCCAUACCCCUGUUGACACCAACUCUAAACCCGCCUCUACCGAUGGUUGUCUUCUUUCACAACCCACUGUUUACAGAAGCUUAGCAGGUGCUUUACAAUAUCUUACUUUGACUCGGCCUGAUAUUUCUUAUGCUGUUCAACAAGUUUGCCUGUUCAUGCAUGCUCCUCGUGACACUCAUAUGUCUUUGCUGAAACGCAUCCUUCGCUAUGUCCGUGGUACCUUGGACUAUGGUUUGCAUAUCUAUCGUAGUUCCAGUCUUGAUCUGUUGGCAUACUCUGAUGCUGACUGGGCUGGAUGUCCUGACACCCGACGAUCUACAUCUGGUUAUUGUGUUUUUCUGGGUGCCAAUCUUGUUGCUUGGUCGUCUAAGCGGCAACAUACAGUAUCCCGGUCCAGUGCCGAGGCAGAAUAUCGAGGUGUGGCCAAUGCUGUGGCUGAAAUUUGUUGGCUUCGCCAAUUGUUGACUGAGCUUUGUCAUCCUCCUCGUCGUGCUGCUGUGGUCUUCUGUGAUAAUGUCAGCACAAUGUAUCUGGCAUCCAACCCAGUCCAACAUCAACGUACGAAGCAUGUGGAAAUCGACUUGCAUUUUGUACGCGAGCGCGUAUCUUUAGGAGAGGUGAAGGUGAUACAUGUUCCUUCAUCUCUUCAGUUUGCUGAUAUUUUUACCAAAGGUCUCUCAUCAUCAUUGUUCAAGGAGUUUCGGUCCAACCUGCAAAUCAAGCCAGCUACAGAUUCUACAGGUUGAGGGGGGCUGUUAGAUAAUGUAAAGCGUCUGUUAGUAGAUCCUAUUUUCUUGUUUCUAUCCGAGUCUUCCGGCCACUUCGUAGCCCAUUAUUUUAGGAUCACAGGAGACUUCGUGGCCAUCUUUUCAGGAUCAGACUUGCAUGGUCCUUGGUUGUAAUCUAUAUAUAUAUAUAUUUGUACUCGACACAUCAAUAAAGCAAUACAGAGAGAACAGUUCUUCCUA